AUGGUCACCAUGAAGCUAGACUGUAUUCUCAUGGCCUGGGCUCCCUACUUUCUCCUUGCUAUGUUUUGGGCAGCCCCGAUGCUAUUGGCAGCUGGAUGUCAUGCAGCUGCCAGUCUUGAGAUUCUGCCAUGUGAUGGAACCCCAGCCCCUGGAUCUGUCAGCACCCAGGACAGCAGUUGCCACAAAGAUGAUGACUUGAUUGGUCCAAGGGAAGAUGGCUUCCAGGUCAAGGGCUACACCUUCAGUGAACCCUUCCAUCUAAUUGUGUCCUAUGACUGGCUGAUCCUCCAAGGUCCAUCCAGGCUUGUGUUUGAAGGAGACUCACUGGUUCUGCGCUGCCGGGCCUGGCAAGAUUGGCCACUGACCGAGGUUACUUUCUACCGGGAUGGCUCAGCCCUGGGUCCCCCUGGACCUAACAAAGAAUUCUCCAUUGCUGUGGUGCAAGAGGCAGACAGUGGACACUAUCACUGUAGUGGCAUCUUUAGGAGUUCUGGUCCUGGGAGCCCAGAAACAGCAUCUUCUGUGGCCAUCAUAGUUGAAGAACUAUUUCCAGUCCCAGUUCUCAGAGCCAUACCCUCAACUGAGCUCCAAGAGGGGGACCCAGUGACCUUGAGCUGUCAGACACAGCUGUCCCAACAGAGGUCAGCCACACGCCUCCUCUUCUCCUUCUACAAGGAUGGCAGACUACUUCGUCACAGGGGCCUUUCCUCAGAAUUCCAGAUUCCUACAGCUUCAGAAGAGCACACUGGGUCCUACUGGUGUGAGGCAGCCACUGAGGACAGCCAAGUGUGGAAAGAGAGCCUUCAGCUGGAGAUCAGGGUGCAAGGACUUUCCAGGUCUGCAGCAUCCCCCAGCUUGACUUCAGCUCCUCAGAAGCCAACUGCUUCAGAAACUGCUUCUAUGGAGCCCCCAGAACCUCUGCCUCCUCUGAGUACCCCUUCUUCUGAUGACCCAUGCUUAUCCUCACCUCUGGAGAUGCCUGACCCCCACCUGCAUCACCAGAUGGGCAUUCUUCUGAAACACAUGCAGGAUGUGAGAGUUCUUCUUGGACACCUGGUCAUGGAGCUGAGAGACUUGUCUGGCCACCAGAAGUCUGAGACCACAAAGACUCCUGCCAAAUAA